AUGGCCGCCACCGACUCCAGUUUAUCCAGUGAAACUCCCGCCAAGAAAGAAGAUGAAUUUAAUGAAUUUUACUCAGAGGUUAAGGAAAUUGAAAAAAGAGAUUCUGUGUUGACCCCUAAGCAACAAAUUGAGAGACUAUUGCGACCUGGCUCAUCUUAUUUCAAUUUGAAUCCCUUUGAAGUCCUACAAAUUGAUCCAAGUACAGCAAUAGAUGAAAUAAAAAAGAAAUAUCGUCGUAUGUCUAUUUUGGUGCAUCCAGAUAAAAAUCAGGAUGAUGCCGAAAGAGCACAGCAAGCCUUCGAAAUUGUUAAUAAAGCAUGGAAAACUUUGGAAAAUGAAGAAACCAGAUCGAAAUGCAUGGAUGUCAUCGAAGAGGCAAAGGCUCGGACUGAUCACAUGAUUGCAGAAAAAAAGAAGAAACUCAAAAAAGAGGGAAAAUCUGAAAACUCAGGCCCAACACUCUUGGAAGAAGAAACAGAAGAAGGUUACAGACAUGCAGUUUGGGUCAUGACAAUGAAGUUGUUCGCCGAUAUGGAACGAAGAAGACGAGAACUAGCCACAAGGGACGCAGAACAGCGCAAAAGAAAGCGUGAAGAAGAAUUAUCUGCAGAAGCUCAAGCGGCAAUGGAGCGAGAAUGGCAACGGAAUUUUGAGGAGUCUAGACAAUCGCGUGUUGACAGUUGGAAAGCGUUUCAAUCGGGCAGCAGCGCAACGAAACAAAAAAAGGCAAAAAAGUUGAAGGCCUUCAGGCCGCCAAAGACGAAAGCCGAAUCCCGAUAAUCAUGGUCAUCUCCUCAUCCCAUUUCCUUCACUUCCGGCGUGCAAACUGAUUUUAGUCAACACAAUAUUUCAUCUUAGAAAUUUUCUCGCAACGUUAAGGUAGGUUAAACUUUCACGCAAUGUCAAUCUAAUAAUAGUUAAUUUGAAAACUGAUAAAAGGAAAACGAUAGAGUUACUUCUCUCGAUGCUACUCAGUUCGUAAGCUAAGCGGUUUUACUAUCUACUAUUGGAUUAAACGCCGAGAUUCGAGUUUCUAGAAAUAUCCUCUUAUUAAUGAUCAAUUUCACCAAUCUUUUUACCAAGAACAACGACGAUUACACUUUUGAAGUUUUCACAUGCGUUUUCUUAUUUUGAACAAAUAAGAAAUAAGAUUAAUGGAGAAGGGUUGUAUUGAAUGACUUAUUUUAUAAAUUUUAGUUUAACAUUGUUGAUCAUAUUUGUUGAGGUGGUUAGUGAGAGUUUGGUGAAAUCGGUCGCAAGUUUAAUUUUUGCUUAAGUUCGCGAUUCGAGACUCGCGUGACGAUGUUAAAGGCAAACAUUAAUGUCUCUGCGAGUAGAAUCGAUGUUAAAAGCGUGAUGAGAACAAAACGGAGCUGUAAUACAAGCUAUUGAGUGAACGAGAAAUGACAGACUCUGAUUGAAUGUGAUUUUGUGUGCAUGGGCAAAGUCGUGCCGUUCAUUUUGAAAAUAACGCAAAUUGCAAAUUAAAAUAUUGAAACCAUUUACACCUUAAUUUUACUAAAUUUAAAUGUAUUUAAAUUUUAUUCAAAUUUAUUAUUUAUUUUCAAAAUGUAUGGCUCGAUUCUGAAAAACUUAUGUGUGAUCUCUUUGUAAAGAUUGACAAUUAGGGAAUUUUUCGCGAAUUUAGCGAUCACGCAGCAUCGAUGACUCGCAAGUGUAAAAAAAAACAAGAAAGAACUUCUUUCGGAACAUUGUACAAUCGCAAUACAUACCCCAAUGUCGUUGCGUAACAAUUGUCAAUUUUAUAAUCUACAUGUAUCUCGUACUUUUACUAUUAUACGUACGAUUGUCCAUCAUAAGGAAAGUACAGGUGAGUGUAUAUUACUAUUACGACAAAUUCCGAAUUAAGGAUUUUUCACGAUACCGUAUUUCAGAUGUGAUAAACAGGAUUGUAUUAAUUAAUGUGUUCGAAAUAGGAAUUGCCAUAAAAUAUAUUCAUUUUAACAUUUACCGUGCAGCAAUUUACACGGAUAUUAUACGUGCAAAAUAUUAAUAAAAUUUUAAUAUAAUUUACAAUUCAUAACUUUUGAAUUUUGGAUCAAAGUUAUUGUAUUGUAAAUUUUAAAGUAAAUUUUAUUGUUAAUUUUUAUAUAUAAAAACGAGAUUUUUAUAUAUAAAAGAAUAACAUAUUUUGUAAAAUAAUCCGAUUUUAAACUGAUUUCAAAUUGAAGGAUUUUUUUACAAUGUCAAUUGAACCUGAGCUCUGCCAUUCAAAGUACGGUAUCGCGAUGGCUCUUUUAUCAUUUCGCGAACACUUUGAUAUGCAAUAUAUGAUCGCAAAGGUGAUGUAAAAAUCAUCCGUUAAAACUUUGAAGUGUGAAUAUAUACGUAUAAAUUGUUUCUAUAUAAAGACUGUUCCUUGCACGAUUUCAUAUUGUGACUUCAAAUAUGGUCAUCUAUGAUGUGUAUAUCACUACUCGAAUGCAUUAAAGAAUCUUCUAAAUCGUGAUUGCAACAACAGCGCAAAACGUCCAUUUAAAUUAUGCGAGAGAAAACGCAUACGAUUGUUCUUAUUCCUCGCAUCGAAAUCUACAAGAAAUACACACACGUACAGGAUA